AUGCCGACUCAACCUCACGUACUUAUCGUCGGUGCUGGAGUUGGAGGCUUGACUCUGGCACAUGGUCUCGCAAAACAUGGAAUCAAGGUCACCGUUUUUGAAAAAGACGUCUCAAGUAGUUUCCGUGCCCAGGGAUACCGAUUUCGUAUGAAUCCAUAUGGAUCGGCUGCAGUCAAAUCUCUCCUUCCAGAAAAUCUUUUCGCACAGUUCGAGCAGACUACUGCUAUUACUCGCAUUGGAGGUACAAAAAUGAAGUAUGAUGGGACAGUCCUGCAAAGUCAGGAAGGACAUGGAGGUUUUCUUGGUGGACUCGGCCCUGUACGGGGUAUUCCAAUACCUAAGACAGGAGUUCCAACAGAAUCUAGCAAGCCAGGCCAAUACGGUGUCUACACGGUCGACAGAACACUCUUUCGCGCUCUACUUUUACAAAAUAUAGACGUCCAAUUUGGUAAACAGGUCGACAGAUACAGCUUGGAUUCCCCUGCAAAAAAAGUUUCAGUUCAUUUCAGUGAUGGUUCAUCUGCGACCGGCGACUUUCUUGUAGGAGCCGAUGGAUUUCGUUCCUCUAUCAGGAAACAGUUGUUACCACAACACAUCCCAGUUGAUACGACAGGGAGGUGCAUUUACGGCAAAACACCUAUCACACCGAAAUUGUUGGAAAGUUUUCCUAAAGAAUUGCACAACUGGAUGUCGUUGACUAUUGACGACACCGGAUUGAAACCCCUCUCACUCCUCACGGAGCCUCUGUACUUCAGUGACGAAGCGAAAGCUCUGUCUACCAAAGUUCUUCCAAAAGCUAGCGAGGACUAUAUCUACUGGGUCUUAUCCGGUACUCCAAAUACGUUCGAGCUUCCAGAUUCUCAAUUUUUAUAUCUCUCACCUGAACAAACCGUUCAACAUUCUCUGAAGAUCACAGAAAAGUGGUCACCGGCGAUUCGAACGGUCUUCGAAUUACAGACUGUCGAACAGGCAGCCCCAUUGCGCAUUUCUUCCGUCGUCCCACAAUUACCCUACUGGGAACCUUCGUCUCUUGUCACUCUUCUUGGCGACUCCGUUCAUGUUAUGAGCCCAACCGGAGGCGUCGGAGCCAACACUGCCUUGAGAGACAGUUCUGCUCUGUGUGAGGUUCUGAGGAAGGCAUUUCUGGAGAAUGAAGGCACAGUUUCGGCGGAGGCAAUUGGCACGUACGAAGCUGACAUGAGGGUUUAUGCAAGCGAAGCGGUAGACCGAUCUCAACAGGGCGGUGCAAAAAUUUAUGGACAACCCCCAUUUGAGGAAUGUAAACCUGUUGAUUGGCUUUGA